AUGUCUGUGAAUUUUUUAAUUUACGCCUUAAACAAACAGUUGUGCAAAUUUAGCCAAGGGUCAGUGAAAAUGUUUAUGUCAGAUAUUGCUAACGCACUAGCUGAGAAGCCUACAACGGUUGAACCGAAAUUUUAUUUCCCUGGUGAAUUAGAAUGGUCUAUGCUUUGUGAUUUCUUAUACUCGAAUUACGCACAAAUGAUGCAUAAUGUCGACUGUCGUUUCACUGACACCAGUGUCGAAACCUCGAGCCAAAUAUCACCAGAUAAUUUUUUGUCUAGAGCACGACUUGCCGCCAAAAUAUGGGUUUUUAUGCAGAAGGACUGGGAUUCUUCGUGCCGUUGA